UCCAAACAAUCAAUAAAGUUGAUCUUAUCUUAUAUUGAGUCUGUAUUAAAUUCUUUCGACAGCUGAGAUGGCACGGGACAUGUCCGAUAAGGAGAUCCUGAAAAUGGAGCUGGAGCAGCUGCAGAAAGAAGUUAACACCCCCCGGAUUGCAAUGUCUAAAACUGCCCCUGAGCUUAUCACCUUUAUCGAGUCCCAGUCUGCAGAGGACCCCCUAAUCAAGGGAGUUCCUGAAGACAAGAACCCCUUUAAGGAGAAAGGAGGUUGUGUUAUUACAUAGCGAUGUCUUCAUAAUACUAACAAAAGGCUUUCUAAAGGGCUCAUCACAGGUCUGUCCCAUCUUCUACAUUUUAAAGGCAAUAACUGAGAGAGGAAAAAGAGAUAAUUUCAUUUUCUCACUUUCUCAUUUGGUUUGGCGUUCUUUAAAAUAAAGAGUAGAAGCACAAGACACUCCUUCAGCCCCUACAUGGAUCUUUUCCUUUUGUGUUUUCAAAAAAUAUCCACAUUGGUAUGGUAUUUUUAGCGUGGACAAAU